AUGGCUAUCCCUGAGACGAAAGAGCUUAAGGCUCAAUGGAAGGCCGAUGUCGAGUUGCCUGAGUAUUCGAUGAAGGAUGUGGCUGCGCACAAAUCAAAGACUGAUAUGUGGAUUGUAAUUCACGGACAAGUCUUUGAUAUUACGGAGUAUCUGCAUGAUCACCCUGGAGGUGCUGAUGUCCUCAUCGAAACUGCCGGCACAGAUGCCACUGCUGAGUAUGAGGAUGUCGGGCACUCAGAAGAUGCGCGCGAGAUCAUGCAGCCGUACCUUGUGGGCGUACUCAAGGAUGCUCAGCAGUUUGUUCGUCCCAAGGCCGUUCGUGUUGUGUCACAGAAUGCGCCGAAGGAAACCAAGUCAUCUUCUUCACUACGAACCACUGGAAUAGUGGCCGGUGCCAUGGCUGCGAUGCUUCCAGUGCUCUAUAUCUGCAGCCGAGGAAACCUCCACCACUUGAAUGGCAUGGGUGCGAUUUCUCAACUCCUCCCUCGUCAAAUGAAGGGCCUGCGCUUGCCGCGCGGCGGCUUCGUGAAUGGUUUCCUCGCAGCCAGCACCGUCGCUGGCACGAUUGGUGUGAUGGUCGCCAAGCAGGCCAGUCGAUUCACCAAGAUCGACUCUGGUUUCAUGCGCUAUCCUCCUCGCAUGAAGUCUAAGAAGGUCGUUCGCAUCGACCCGCAUCUUACUCGCGGUUUCCUCGAGCCCCAAAACUACCAGCGCAUCCCUCUGGUUGAAAAGGAUCAACUCUCGUCCAACACAUUCCGCUUCGUCUUCGCUUUGCCCAAUGCCAAUAGCGUGCUGGGUCUUCCGAUCGGCCAGCACGUUGCCAUCAGAGCCAACAUCGACGGUACGACCGUAACAAGAUCCUAUACACCCACCUCCAACAACCUUGACCGUGGCCGCAUCGAGCUUGUCAUCAAAUGCUACCCCGACGGCCUUCUCAGCGGCCGCUACCUAGCCAACCUCUCUAUCGGUGAUGAAGUCGAAUUCCGCGGCCCCAAGGGCGCGAUGCGCUACACCAAAAGCCUUUGUCGCAAGAUCGGCAUGGUAGCCGGCGGCACCGGUAUCACCCCGAUGUACCAAGUGAUCCGAGCAAUCUGCGAAAACGACACCGAUACAACCGAGAUCAGCCUGAUCUAUGCGAACCGCUCAGAGUCAGAUAUCCUGCUCCGCGAGGAACUCGAGACCUUCGCGCGUCGCUACCCCAAGAACUUUAAACUGUGGUACAUGCUCGACAGCGCACCAGAAGGCUGGACCUAUGGAUCAGGCUACGUGGACCAGACAGUCCUCUCCGAGCACCUGCCAGCGCACUCACCCGACACCAAGAUUUUCCUAUGUGGGCCACCAGGCAUGGUAAACGCAACCAAGAAAAUCCUGGCAGAGCUAGGCUUCCAAAAGCCCGGUCCAGUCUCCAAGAUGAGCGACGAGAUCUUCUGUUUCUAA